AUGCUCGGUUAUCCCGCCCAUUUCGGUCAAAUGGAAUGCUUAAAAUUAGUCGCCUCUCCCAAAUAUGCAGACAAGCGUUUAGGUUAUUUAGGUAUCAUGCUCUUGAUUGACGAAAAAACCGAAGUCUUGACCCUCGUCACCAACAGUUUGAAAAACGAUUUGAAUCACAGCAACAUGUUUAUUGUUGGUUUGGCUCUUUGUACUAUGGGUAACAUUUCUUCUUCAGAAAUGGCCCGUGAUUUAUGUUCUGAAGUCGAAAAACUCAUGGGAAGUUCCAACACCUAUAUCCGUAAGAAGGCUGCAUUAUGUGCCUUGAGAGUGAUUCUUCGGGUACCUGAAUUACAUGAAAAUUUCAUUUCAAGAUCCAAAUCUUUAUUAAAUGAUCGUAGUCAUGGUGUUCUCAUCACCGGUAUUACAUUAGUUACAGAAAUGUGUGAACAAAACCCUGAAAAUGUUGUCAUCUUCCGCAAGGCUGUGCCUCUUUUAGUAAGACAUCUUAAAAAUCUCGCCAGUGCAGGAUUUUCCCCUGAGCAUGAUGUGACGGGUGUCACCGAUCCUUUCCUUCAGGUCAAAAUCCUUCGUCUUUUGCGCAUCCUGGCCAAAAAUGAUCGUGAAGCUUCCGAAUCCAUGAACGACAUUCUUGCUCAAGUUGCCACAAAUACCGAAAGCACCAAAAAUGUCGGUAAUUCCAUCUUGUACGAAACCGUCUUGACCAUUAUGGACAUUCAAAGUGAAGCGGGUUUGCGUGUACUUGCUGUUAACAUUCUCGGCAAGUUCUUGAGCAAUCGUGACAACAAUAUCAGAUAUGUAGCAUUGGAAACAUUGAAUAAGACAGUAGGUAUCGAAACACAAGCUGUACAAAGACAUCGCAACAUCAUUCUCGACUGUCUUCGUGAUGGCGAUAUUUCUAUCCGUCGCCGUGCUCUGGAAUUAAGUUUUGCCUUGAUCAAUGAAGGCAAUGUGCGUGUUCUCACUCGUGAAUUACUCGCCUUUUUAGAAGUCGCUGAUUCUGAAUUCAAACAAGGCAUGACCACCAAAAUCUCCUUGGCCGCUGAGCGUUUUGCCCCUAAUCAAAGAUGGCAUAUCGAUACCAUGUUACGCAUGUUGAAAUUAGCAGGUAGUUUUAUCCGUGAAGAAGUCUUGGCUGGUUUUAUUCGUCUCGUCGCUCAGACUUCAGAUUUACAUCAAUAUACCGUUCAAAAGUUAUAUGCCGCCUUGAAGCAAGACAUUUCCCAGGAAGGGUUGGUUUUAGCAAGUGUUUGGGUCAUUGGUGAAUAUGGUGAUGUAUUGGUCAGCAGUGGUAACUUUGAAGAGGAGGAAGGUGUGGUGAUAGAAGUGACAGACUACUCGGUGGUAGGCUUAUUAGAAUCCAUCUUGAUGGGUCCUUAUGCCAACCAAGUGACGCGUGAAUAUGUCAUGACAGCUCUUAUGAAACUCUCCUCUCGUCUGUCCGAGGGUAGCGCUCAAAACAAGAUCAAGGAAUUACUGUUGCAUUAUACCGUUAGCAUGGAAGUGGAAAUUCAACAACGUGCUGUGGAAUACACCAACCUUUUCUCGUAUGAUGCUAUUCGUCCUGCCGUGCUGGAGCGCAUGCCUAUUCCCGAAGCACGCACCAUUAUUCAAAAUACAGGUUCAUCCGAUAGUCCAGAUACACGCCGUGCUUCUUCUAGUGGCGCUAGCCGAUCUGGUCCCAGUGAUCAGGAUUUACUUUUGGAUCUGAUGGGUGUGGGUACAAGUGGUGGAGGUGGAGGUGGAGGGGAUUCAUCAGAUAAUAUGAUGCAAAGUCCAAUGGCCGCCACUUCUCCCCAACCACCCAAAGCUUCCAAUGUGGAUCUUUUAGCAGACUUAUUUGGCGGCGGUGGCGGAGGAGGAGGAAAUGCAUCCCCUGCUAUGACAGCCUCUAGUCCUGCACCUACUCAACAAAACACAAGCCAGAAUCUCAUGGAUCUUUUAGGUGAAGACCCCGCCCCUUCACCCAAAACGCCUUCCAAUACUACUUCAAAUUACGGUUUAGAUUCACUUGCCUCUUUAGGCAACUCUUUACCCAGCUCUGCUUCACCUAGUAAAACGGCACCAUCCGCUGCUGCGGGUUAUGAAGCGUACACAAAGAAUGGAUUAACCGUUCGACUCUUACCUUCCCGAGAUCGAAGUAAUCCGGAUAUCAUUAAUAUCCAGGUCUUGUUUUCAAAUAACGGAUCGCAAGGUGUUAUUCGUGAUUUGCAGUUUCAAGCGGCUGUGCCAAAGAGUCAACGUUUACAAAUGAAUGCUGCUAGUAGUAAUCUCAUUCAACCCAACACAACCGAGAAGCAAAUGAUGCGAAUUAAUAAUCCAAGCCAGGUAAAAUGA